UGUCAGCGUUCGAAGCAAAACAAAACAAAACAAAACAAACUAAAACGUUCCGCGAUCGGAGCGACGGGACCGACGGACCGACGGGACGGAGCGACGGGACGGUGGGACGAAUCUGAGUCACGUGAUGUGAUCCACCACCGACCACUGCCUCUGUGCUCUCGGACGGUAAAAUGGAGUCUUCGUCGGAUGAGGAGGAGGUUCACACGUUCGUUCAGGUCGUGAGCCACAAGUACAACCCCGACAACUUCCCGUACUCCAGAGGGCAGGGCCUGGGCAUCGUCCUGCUGCCCACCCCGCCCGGCUCACCUGUCAAAGACCGCCUGUUCCUGCCCAGCGUCCUGGUGUUGAACGACUGCAGUGUGAGUAAGGCGGGUUCGGGCUCAGACAUCGCCACCUUCUGUGCCCACGUGGUGGAACUGGACCUGUCCUACAACCAGCUCCGAGACUGGGCAGAGGUGUCCACCAUCGUCUCCAACAUCCCCAACCUGGACUUCCUGAACCUGAGCAUGAACCCUCUGUGCGGCGCCCACCUGGAGCCCGACCUCGCCCCCUGCUUCUCCGGACUGCGCCGCCUCGUGCUCAUCAACACUCACAUCAGCUGGAGCACGGUGCACACGCUCACACGCCACACGCCGCAGCUGGAGGAGCUCUUCCUGUGCCUGAACGGCUUCAGCGCGGUGGAGCGGGCGUCCUGGCAGUGCCCGUCCCUGCGCCUCCUGCAGAUCACAGAGAACCGCCUGCAGCUGUGGGCGCACGUCCGCCACCUCGGCCUCAUGUACCCGGGCCUCAGCUCCCUCGUCCUCGCCAACAACCGCCUGCUCUCCGUCGACGACCACCAGGACGCGCUGACCAGACUCUUCCCCAACCUGCGCAGCAUCAACCUCAACAACUCAGGUCUGAGUCGCUGGGACGACAUCGAGCGUCUGAACUUCAUCCCAAACCUGGAGGAGCUGAAGGCCAAAGGUCUCCCCCUGCUGGAGCCGCACAACAGCGAGGAGCGAAGGAGCCUCCUGCUCGCACAGCUGCCGUCGGUGCUGCUGCUGAACGGCAGCGCGGUGUCGGAGGGCGAGCGCGAGGACGCAGAGAGGUUCUUCAUCAGAUACUUCCAGGAGCGAGGAGGACACGAGCUGCCCCAGAGGAGGUACCACAUCCUGGUGUCUAAGUACGGCGAGCUGGCGCCGCUGGCGGAGGUGGACCUGAGCCCGCGCUGCAUCACGGUGGAGGUGGUGUGGGAGGAGCGGGUGGAGCUGGUGGGGCUGGGGCUGGAGCAGACUGUGAGCGAGCUGAAGAAGCAGCUGAAGAGUCGCCUGCAGGUGCCCGGGCAGGGGGUGCGCCUCUUCUACAUCGACAGGGACAUGUGCUCCGUCCUGGGCCCCGAGGAGAUGAAGUGCGGCACCCGCGCCCUCCACUCCUACGGCAUCCGAGACGGAGACCAGAUCCUGGUGGUGCCCAGGGCCAAGAGCCGCAGCUCCUCCUCCAGCGAACAGUGAACCUCUGCCCGUAAAGAUGCCCGCACCACCACCCUGUGCCCGUCUGUGUGCCCGUGUGUGUCUGAGGAGCACGUCCACCACCCUGUGCCCGUUUCUCUGAGGGGUGUGUGGGCUCUGAAUGUAAAAGUGGCACAGUGGGCACAGUGGGCACAGAGGGCACAGGGGGGGGGGCGUGUGUUUGAACAAGAUUAUUUUAAAAAUCUCCUGAAUCACACAAAGUGACUCUGAGCUUUAAAUCAUGUUCUAAAGUUCCUCGUCAAAAACAGAGCUGGAGUUCUGUUUUGUUUCCUUCACGUGUUUAUUAUUUGUCUACAUCUCCAAAUCUCCAGACGCUCUCUACCACCUCGUGAUGUCAUGAAGUGGGAGUUUUGCAAGUUUUCCACAGCUCCUUUUAACUCUCCUUUACCUUUUACUCUGGAGCUGAAAUGAUCCCAAAGAUUCUAGUGAAGGUGUGUGGAGUUUAAAAACACAGUGGAGCUCUUCCUGUAUUAACACUUGAUGACAUCACAAGGUGGAACAGAGUGUUUUCAGUUGAAGAGAAGAAGAACUCGUGCUAAAUGUGUGGGUUUGUGCGUUAAACGUGUGUGAAUGAAACAAAACGCAGCUUCAGUUCGUGUGUGCGACGAGGAAACGGCGUUAGAGCAGAGUCAUGUGAUACGGGACAUUUUAAAGUGCAGUAAUUUAAAAGCUGAAAGUGACAAAUUAGAUGAGAAUAGUGAUUUAUGACUCAGAUUAAUAUAAGAUAAAAGUUUAAAUACAGAUCGUUUUAGGAGGGAAAACAAGUACAACAUGUGGCUCAGUUUUAAGGCUCGUUUGUGCUCCUGUUUCGUACUCGUGAAACCGUCGCCGUGUUGAUGUUUCCAGAUGUUUUUAACGUCAAAGCUGCGUUCUGUUAAACCACCACCAGAGGGCGCCAACGGUCAGGCUGAGGCCCCAUUCACACUAGUGUGUAUGUGAGUGGUUCGUUCACAUUAAUCUGAUGGAAAACGUCUCCAGAGUCUGAACGACCUGGUGCCUCCAGCUCCACGAGUUCAUGUUGGUCCAGAUGUGACGGGGACUGUGGGACUCCUGAAAACUCUGAUACUCUGAUGUAGGAGCUGGAGUCUCGUCCUGAUUGGACCACAGUCCGAUGAGGUUCAUUUGGUCUUCCGAUAUUUGAUGUUAUGAGAUUCUUUUUUGGACCAAGAGUUUGUUUUCAUACCUGACAGUUUCGACUGCUCACCAGCGAAAAAAGGAAACAUAGGAACAGAACGCGAGAAGGAAACAGCGAAGGCGAAACACGAGCAACAAAACACAAAGCAGAACAGGAACAACUCAAAUCGGCCGUUUCUGACCAGUGUAAAAGAGAGAAGCACAUUAUGGACGGGGACAGAGCGAACAUCACUGGGACAGAGGAAAACAAACAUCGUCGCUGGAUUAAAGAGGCAAUUGAAAGACAGAAACGUGUCCGAUGGUCAUGAGCUCUGGGUAGUGACCGAAAGGACGAGAUCGCGGAUACAAGCGCUCGAAAUGAGUUUCCUCCGCAGGGUGGCUGGGCGUCUCCCUUAGUGAUAGGGUGAGGAGCUCAGUCACACGGGAGGAGCUCGGAGUAGAGCCGCUGCUCCUCCACGUGGAGAGGAGCAGUUGAGGCUCA